CAGGAGCUUCAGGAUGGCAUCGGAAGUCAGCAGGCGGUUGUCACUGCGCUGAAUGCGACCGGGGAGGAGAUCAUCCAACAGACAUUUGCCGACGACACCAGCAUCUUCAAGGAGAAACUCGCCAGUGUCAACGCUCGCUGGCAGGAGGUCUGCCGGCUGGUGACUGAGAGAAGGAGGAGGUUGGAGGAAGAAGAGAUCCUGUCCGAAUUACAGAAAGAGCUGAAUGAAUUUAUCUGUUGGCUCAAGGAGUCUGAAAGCAUUACAGCAAUCCACCUGGAACCUGGAAAUGAACUGCAGUUGAAAGAGUGCUUGGAGAAAGUCAAGUUAAGAGUGGAAGAACUACCUCCACGUGACAGAAUAUUGAAACAGCUGAAUGAGAGCGGAGAGCUAGCACUUGAGAGGAAGCUUAACCCCGAAGAACACAAGAAACUUGAGAUUGACCUGAAACAGGCCAAUCACCACUGGACACAGGUGUCCAGAGAUCUGCCUGAAAAACAAAAAGAAAUUGAAUAUCUGCUGAGAGGUGUUACACAAUUCCAACAACAGCUACAUCAGCUGGCACUCUGGGCUUCAACCACAAAAGACCAGCUAGAACUUUACAGACAAGUUGGAAUACCAGGGGCCUUCGAUACAAAGGAAACUGAGGACGAAGCUCAAGCCAAACAAGCAGAUGUGGAAGCAGUCUUAUCAAAGGCCAGUCAGUUGUACAAGCAAAAUCCAAUCACCCAGCCAAUAAAGGGAAAGCUUGAAGACCUGAGUUCUGAUUGGAAAGCUAUCAAUACAUUACUUCUGCAGCUGAAAGGGAAACCAGAGGCGUCAAGGGUCAUCUCCACUGGUGUCUGUCAAACUGUUACCGCACUGUCACAGACGCUGGUUACAAAGGAAACAACCACCCCUAAGCUGGAAAUGCCGUCGUCCCUACUGAUGGAAGUGCCAGCCAUGGCCGACUUCAAUAAAGCCUGGGCUGAGCUCACAGACUGGCUCUCCCUGUUGCAUCAUGUAAUCAAAACCCAGAUAGUGACGGUCGGAGACCUUGAAGAAAUCAAUGACAUGAUUGUCAAACAGAAGGCCACUCUGCAGGACCUAGAGCAGAGGCGUCCUCAGCUGGAAGAUCUGAUUACUGCAGCACAGAACCUGAAGAACAAGACCAGCAAUCAGGAGGCUCGAGCCGCCAUCACUGACCGCAUAGAUAAGAUCCAAGUCCAGUGGGAGGAAGUACAGGGCCGGCUCCAGAACCGAAGGCAGCAGCUACAGGAGAUGCAGAAGGACUCAAGUCAGUGGCUUGAAGCGAAACAGGAGGCCGAACAGGUGCUGGAGAGGGCCAAAGCCAAGUUGGAGUCAUGGAAGGAAAUAUCUUAUACAGUUGAGGCACUGAAGAAGCAGAAUGCAGAUCUAAAGCAAUUUGUGAAGGAGCUCCGGCAGUGGCAGAUUAACAUAGAUGUGGCAAACGACCUUGCGCGCAAGAUGCUGCGGGAUUACUCUGCCGACGACACCAGGAAAGUUGAUCUGAUGACAGAGAGCAUGAACAAGUCCUGGGCAAGCAUUAAUAAGAAGGUGGGGGAGAGGGAGGCAGCGUUGGAAGCAGCCCUCAGGCUCCUGCAGCAGUUCUACCUGGAUCUGGAGAAGUUCCUUGGCUGGUUGACGGAAGCCGAGAUGACGGCCAAUGUUCUCCAAGAUGCCACCCACAAGGAGGGUUUGCUGGAUGAUGCCCAUGUGGUUCGAGAGCUUGUGAAGCAGUGGCAGGACCUGCAGGCAGAGAUCGAGGCCCACACUGAGGUGUUCCACAGCCUGGAUGAGAAUGGGCAGAAGAUCCUGAAGUCUCUGGAGGGCUCAGAAGAUGCCACGCUGCUGCAUCGACGGCUGGACAACAUGAACGUCAGAUGGAGCGAGCUGCGUAAGAAGUCCAUCAGCAUCAGGUCCUAUCUAGAGGCCAGCACCGAGCAGUGGAAGCGUUUACACCUGUCUCUCCAGGAACUGCUUGCUUGGCUCCAGUUAAAGAAUGAGGAACUGACCAGACAGAAGCCCAUUGGGGGUGAUGUUCCUACCGUCCAAAAGCAGCUGGAUACACACAGGGCUUUCAAGAGGGAACUGAAAGCUAAAGAACCAGUUAUCUUGAACACUCUAGAGACGGUGCAGGUGUUCUUGGCAGAGCAGCCGGUCGAAGGGCUGCAAAGGCUUUAUCAGGAACCAAGAGAGCUGUCGGCUGGGGAACGGGCCCAGAACAUCUCCCGAAUCCUUCGCAAGGAGUCAGAUGACGUGAAAACGGAGUGGGAGCGUCUGAAUGGGCGCUGUGCAGACUGGCAGAAAAAGCUGGAUGAAGACUUGGAGAGGCUGCUGGAGCUGCAAGAGGCCAUGGAUGAGCUGGACCUUAAACUGCACCAGGCUGAGAUGGUCAAGCAGGGCUGGCAACCCGUGGGGGAUCUUCUCAUUGAUUCCUUGCAGGACCAUAUAGAGAAACUAAAGGCCUUCCGAGAUGAAAUAGCUCCGAUUAAAGAGAAUGUAACCCAUGUGAAUGACCUGGCUUCCAAGUUCACUCCUGCAGACAUCCAGCUCUCCCAUUACAACCUUAACCGUCUGGAGGAUCUGAACACACGCUGGAAGCUCCUGCAGGUUUCCAAGGAAACCUCCAGAAACUCAGGGCAAAUGAAGGAGGGAGGGGAGAUCUCCAAGGUGUCCAUUGAGGAGCGCCUAAAACAGCUGCAUGAAGCCCACAGGGACUUUGGCCCAACAUCACAGCACUUCCUCUCCACUUCUGUCCAGGGUCCCUGGGAGCGGGCAAUAUCACCAAACAAAGUGCCGUACUACAUUAAAAAAGAAAAAGGAAAAAGGCCUCUGACACACACACGGACAGAAGAAAAAGAAAGCCACCAGACCCAGACAACAUGCUGGGAUCAUCCCAAGAUGACUGAACUCUACCAGUCUUUAGCUGACCUGAACAAUGUCAGGUUCUCUGCGUACAGAACCGCCAUGAAGCUUCGAAGGCUGCAGAAAGCCCUGUGCUUGGAUCUCUUGGGCCUGUUGGCAGCGUGUGAGGCAUUUGACCAGCACAACCUCAAACAGAACGAGCAGCUCAUGGACAUCCUCCAGAUCAUUAACUGCUUGACCACAAUCUAUGACCGGCUAGAGCAGGAGCACAACAACCUGGUCAAUGUGCCACUCUGUGUGGACAUGUGCCUCAACUGGCUGCUCAACGUUUAUGACACGGGCAGAACAGGGAAGAUUCGUGUUCUGUCAUUCAAAACCGGCAUGGUUUCACUCUGUAAAGCACAUUUGGAGGACAAGUACAGAUACUUGUUCAAGCAGGUGGCCAGCUCCACAAGUUUCUGCGACCAGCGAAGACUAGGCCUCCUCUUGCACGACUCCAUCCAGAUUCCACGGCAGCUGGGAGAGGUGGCUUCCUUUGGCGGCAGCAACAUUGAACCCAGCGUCAGGAGCUGCUUCCAGUUUGCCAAUAACAAACCAGAAAUUGAAGCUGCUAUGUUCCUCGACUGGAUGAGGCUGGAGCCCCAGUCCAUGGUCUGGUUGCCUGUGUUACACCGAGUAGCAGCAGCCGAGACAGCCAAACACCAGGCCAAGUGCAACAUUUGCAAGGAGUGUCCAAUUAUUGGAUUCAGGUACCGAAGUUUAAAGCACUUUAACUAUGACAUCUGCCAAAGCUGCUUCUUUUCUGGGCGUGUUGCCAAAGGUCAUAAAAUGCAGUACCCCAUGGUUGAAUAUUGCACACCGACAACUUCAGGAGAAGAUGUGAGAGACUUUGCCAAGGUGUUGAAAAACAAGUUCAGAACAAAGCGAUAUUUUGCGAAGCACCCCCGGAUGGGAUACUUGCCAGUACAGACGGUGCUGGAGGGAGACAACAUGGAAACUCCUGUUACUCUGAUCAACUUCUGGCCAGUAGAUUAUGCCCCUGCCUCUUCACCACAACUGUCACACGAUGAUACGCAUUCACGAAUUGAGCAUUAUGCUAGCAGGCUAGCAGAAAUGGAGAACCGUAAUGGAUCUUAUCUCAAUGACAGCAUCUCACCCAACGAAAGCAUUGAUGAUGAACAUUUGCUAAUCCAGCACUACUGCCAAAGUUUGAACCAGGAGUCUCCACUGAGCCAGCCUCGCAGCCCGGCCCAAAUCCUCAUGUCCCUGGAAAGCGAGGAGAGAGGAGAGCUUGAGAGGGUCCUGAAUGACCUGGAAGAAGAAAACAGAAAUCUCCAGUCCGAGUAUGACCGAUUGAAAGAGGCGCACGAUCACAAGGGGCUAUCCCCCCUGCCUUCACCACCUGAGGUGAUGCCUAUCUCCCCCCAGAGCCCCCGAGAUGCCGAGCUCAUUGCAGAAGCCAAACUGCUCCGCCAGCAUAAGGGUCGCCUGGAGGCCAGGAUGCAGAUCCUGGAGGAUCAUAACAAGCAGCUUGAGUCCCAGCUGCACAGGUUGAGACAGCUGCUGGAGCAGCCCCAGGCAGAUGCCAAGGUCAAUGGUACUACAGUCUCCUCUCCUUCUACCUCCUCCCAGCGAUCGGACAGCAGUCAGCCGAUGCUGCUCCGUGUGGUUGGCAGCCAGACUACAGAAACCAUGGGUGAUGACAACCUUUUGAGCCCGCCCCAGGACGCAAGCACAGGUCUCGAGGAGGUGAUGGAGCAGCUCAACAACUCUUUCCCCACAACCAGAGGUAACAAUGUAGGAAGCCUCUUUCACAUGGCAGAUGAUUUGGGCCGAGCAAUGGAGUCCUUGGUGACAGUAAUGACAGACGACGAGGGGUUGGAUUAACAUUUAGCAUUUUCCUGCAACACUGAAUUCUGAAUAUCAAGCAUGUUUUUUUUGUUUUUAUUUUGUUUGUUUUUUUUUUUUAUAAUAGUUCAUACAACAAAAAAAGGAUUGGAUUGUAAACGUUUACAAAGAAAAAGAUCUAUAUUUUUGUGAAGGAUAGUGGUAAUAAAACUGUAGAUUUCAGUAGUUUCCUAAGUCUGAUAUCGUUUUGUUAACAAUGGCAAGUUUUACACUUCUAUGCAAUUGUACAAAAGAAAAAAAAUAACUACAUGUAAAAUCUUGUUAGUUGAAUAACUUGCCAUUUUGUAUGGAACGCGUUUCGGAUGUUUGAAAAAAAAUUUGUAACCAUUAUAAAGAAAGAUUGUAAACUAAAGGGUGCUUUAUAAAAGACAUAUUUUAUUGUUUAUAAAAACCAAAAAAAGAAAAGAUUAAACAUUAAAAGGCAAUGCAUUUGUUUUGCUGUGUUACAGUUCUGUAAUGUGUAAAGUAGUAUACAUUAUUAGUGUUAUUUUUCUUGCUUAUCAAAGAAAAGUUAUCCUAUAAUGGUACCAAAUUGUUCAUCCGGUCAUCUGUCAUUUUUUUUCAUCAUUUUAUCAUUAUUAUCGUAGGGCUUGGGACAGGUUCAAAAUUGAACAUCUUUCACAAGGAAAGUGCCAGAUUAAAGGGAAAGAUUUUUAAAGUUUAAAUAAUGCAAUUGUACUUAAACUAACAAAGUGGUUUUUUUUUUGUUUUUGUUUUGUUUGGUUUUUUUAUAACCACGGUGUCUCGGUAUGUUGCGAAGUAACUUCUUUUAACCAUUGCAAUUGUGAAUACUUAUUUUCAAGCAUGGAUUUGCCUUUUUUUUUUUUUUUUAAAGGUAGAAAGGGAAGUACUAUAAUUGUAACAUUCUUUGCAAGCGUGACAAUGGAAUUCUAGUACCCUUAUUUUUUAAUGGGUUUUAGAAAAAUCUAAUAAUAACGACUAUAAUAACAUACUAAUGAAUAUGCAGGCUAUCUUUGUCCCAGCCCUAGUUUUGAGUUUGUGUAAUGGGUAGAAUGUUGCGUUAAUGAGCUGCAUUUCAAGGGUUAACCACUAGAGCUCACAUUUUAGACUAUCUUUAUGCUUUGGUGCAUUCUUGGUAGUUUACUGACUGACAAAAGCUCUUUUUUAAGUGAACACCAGUCGUUCUCUACCUCAGUUUUGUUUUAUGGUACGCUCUACUAAUAUGACAUGACCCCUGCUCGAAAAAUGUAGUUUCUGCCAUCAACAAAUACAUUUACAAACAGAUGAAUUUAGAACCAUGCCUCGAGAAUGAAUGUCCUCAGUGGUAGACACCUGUCUCGUGCAUUUUAACCCUUUAUACUCCCACAGUUAAGAUAUUACUAUUUUUUUCUUGUUUUUUCUUCUAUAUCAAGCUGUGGUGUUUUAAGAUGCUUGUAUUUUGUUUUAUUCUUUUAUUUUAAGGGGGGUUGAGUCUGUUCUAUUAAAACAAAGGUUUGAGAGUUUCAAUUUUUUUUUUGCUUUAUGUAUUAUG